AUGAGACAAAAGAACCAAUCCACUGUGACAGAAUUCAUCCUGAUUGGGUUCUCCAAUUUUCCAGACCUACAGAUUGUGCUGUUCAUGGUGUUUUCUCUCAUUUAUAUGUUUACCCUGGCUGGAAAUAUUAUCAUUAUGGCAAUCAUAAGGAUUGAUCACAGUCUCCAUAUUCCCAUGUAUUUCUUUUUCUCUAUUCUCUCUUUCUCAGAGACUUGCUAUACUGUCGUUAUUGUCCCUAAUAUGCUGGCAAACUUGUUAAAAGAAAAGAAGGCCAUUUCUUUUGUUGGAUGUGCUACUCAGAUGUGUUUCUUCCUUGGUUUUGGGUGCACAAACUGUAUGUUACUUGCAGUGAUGGGGUACGAUUGCUAUGUGUCAAUAUGUAAGCCUUUACAUUACCAGGUCAUCAUGAACCAAAGGGUUUGCGCUCAGCUGGUGGUCUUCUCAGCUGUAACUGGUUUUCUUUUCUCAACAACAGAGACAAUCAUUAUAUUUACUUUACCCUUUUGCAAUCUGAAUAAAAUUAACCAUUUUUUUUGUGAUCUAGCACCACUCCUUAAACUGGCUUGUGCCCGAAACUACAUAGGUGAAAUCAUCAUUUUUAUUAUUUGUGUUUUAGUUGUGCUUUGCUCAUUCCUACUGAUUAUGCUGUUUUACCUAUUAAUCCUCAAUACCAUCUUGAAAAUCCCAUCCACCGAAGGGAAGCGCAAAGCUUUCUCCACUUGUGCCUCCCAUCUCAUUGUUGUGGUUGUGCACUUUGGAUGUGCUUCCAUUAUCUACCUAAGGCCCAAAUCCAGAUAUACUCUGAAUGAGGACACCCUUAUUUCUGUUACAUACACAAUUGUGACUCCCUUGUUGAACCCUGUAGUUUAUAGCUUAAGGAACAAAGAUGUGCAAGCUGCCCUUAGGAAAGCACUAGGGAGAAAAAUGUUAAUGAGGAGAAUGUGA